CCCAAUUCCCAAAAUGAUUCAGAAUAUCAAUCAAUCGUACUUUCUACUUUCUUAUCAACUUUUUAUCUAAUUAUUAAUCGUUUCUUUCAAUUAUGCACAUUGAUCGUGGAUCAUUCGGCUGCCCUCACAAUUAAUAUUCUUUAAUUUUGUGCGUGAAUGUUGUGGUAAUUCUCUACAAUGACCGCCCUCCUGACUGCUGACUGGUGUCAGUACGGGAAGGAUUCCUACAUGAGAAAAACGGAAGUAUACUCCAUGGACUGGUUGAAUGAAGUGGAUUUAGAUACUUCCAUCCUCACCCCUGCACCAUUUGGUGGUCCUAUCGCAGUCAGGCGUGAUAGAUCGAAAUUGGCAGAGGUUAAGUUUAGUGGCAAGCCAAUUGUGACAGUCUACACUGCGUCUGGAAGGAAACUUGAAACGUUUCUAUGGAAUAAUGGUAAUAUCGUUGAGACGGGCUGGUCAUGCUCCGAUGAACUUCUCUUCAUCCAAGAAGACGGCUGUGUUUUGACUUAUGAUAUGUUUGGAAAUUAUCAGCAUACAUUUAGCAUGGGGCAGGAGGCUCAAGAACUCAGUGUCAUCGAAGGUAAAAUUUUCUCAACAUUUUACGGAAGUGACUCAAUUACUGGCGUGGCCGUACUCACCAAAGCGUAUCGAAUCUUCGUAGUCAGUAACGUAAAGGAACCAAAAGUUAGGCGGCUACCUGUGAUACCUGGGCCUAAUGUUAGACCUAAUGCGUGGGCUGUCAUUUGUAAGGACCGGCAAAUUCUUGUUUUAGUCGCAAGAGGUCAAGAAUUAUAUUUACUCAAUCCUUCAGAGCCACAAGCAAUUCAGCAGAAAUAUUUGAAUAUUGAUUCAAUGAAUAUUGGAACAAUGAGAAUUAGCGUUUUAAACAUAGCUGUCUCGCAAGAUUAUUCCUGUGUUGCCAUGCAAACGGAUAUGGGUCAGAUAUGGAUAGGAUCAUCCGAUCUCGACAAGAAUUACAGGAUAUAUGACACCAGAGCAAGCCAUCCUUCGAAACAGCUUGUUUGGUGUGGAACAUUUGCUGUUUUGGGCGUAUGGGAUUCGAAAGUAACUGUUAUUGGUAAAUUGGAUCAUUCUUUAAAUCUGAAUUUCCCGUACGAUUGGCCGGUGCACCUAGUCCAAGAAGUUGACUGCGUGCGUGUCGUUUCAACCUUUAGCACCGAUAUCAUCCAACAAGUUCCUCUCGUAGUACAAGAAAUUUUCAGAGUCGAUUCUACCUCACCCGGCUCAAACUUGUUUGAAGCUUCAAAACAGUUUCAGAAACAAAGUCAUCGAGCGGAUGACUACAUCCAGCAAGUCAAACCAGAUUUACAAUUAGCAAUAACUCAGUGUAUUCAAGCAGCUGGACAUGAGUUCAACCCUGUGCAUCAAAAGAUGCUUAUCACGGCUGCCUCCUUUGGGAAAGUUUUCUCAGCCGAUUACAAUCCAGAAAAGUAUGUUGAAAUGUGUCGAAUAUUGCGGGUGCUCAAUGCUGUCAGAGAUCCUAAAAUAGGAAUCCCUCUGACUUACACGCAAUUAAAAGAAUACCUAACGGUGCCUACUCUCCUGGACAAAUUAAUUGCAAGAAGACAGUAUUAUUUAGCAAUUCAAGCAGCCAAGUAUCUACGGCUGUCUGGAAAAGAAGAUGGUAGCCACAUCCUUGCUCAUUGGGCGUUUUACAAGGUGAAGCAGACAUCAGUCGAUAGAGAUACUAUAGCUGAGGAAAUAGCUAGUAAGCUGGGAAACAACCCAGGUGUCUCGUAUACUGAAAUCGCAAAGAAAGCUGCGGAUUAUGGCCGAACACAACUAACAAUCAAGCUUUUAGAUUAUGAGCCGAGAGCAUCGCUUCAGGUUCCUCUCCUCUUACGCCUAGGACAAGACCGAACUGCCCUUCAAAAAGCUAUCUCCAGUGGAAAUACAGAUCUAGUCUACACUGUUUUGCUGCAUCUUCGUGAUAAUAUGAGUUCUCUUAGAGAAUUGCAGAUGGAGAUUCGAAAAUUUCCUCUCGCGCAAGCACUGUAUCUGAAGUAUUGUAAGGAGCACAACAAGGAUGCCUUGAGAGAUAUUUAUUUACAAGAGGACGAUCAUCUGGAACAAGCUGCAUGUCACAUACGAGAUGUCUAUAAUCCAAAGAAUGAUCUUGCAAAGCAGGUUGUGCUAGUAUCUGCUCAAGAAGCGUAUAAGCGCGGUAAAAAUGAUCUGAACGCAGCUCUUUGUGAUGAGCAGCUGCGACUUCUGAACCACCAGAAAAGUCUCGAAGAGAAUUUUAAGAGAGGUUUUGUCAAUUUAUCAUUACACGAUACGAUCAAGACUCUUCUAGAAAUAGGAGAAGUCAAGCUGGCUGAUAAACUUAGGAGUGAAUAUAAAGUUCCUGACAAAAGGUAUUGGUGGCUGCGAAUAAUGACCCUGGCAGCCAAUGAUCAGUGGAGAGACUUAGAAAAUUUUUCGAAGUCCAAAAAACCACCCAUUGGUUUUGAGCCUUUUGUCGAUGUCUGUCUGGAACGUGGAAAACCUGAAGAAGCCCAAAAGUAUUUUAGUCGAAUUAAAGAGGAGAAUAAAGUGAAAUAUUAUAUCAAGCUAGGGAUGCAUGAGGAAGCAGCAAAACUGGCUUUUGCUCAGCGUGAUCGAGAAUCAUUGCGGUUCAUUCAAGCCAAAGCAGAUAAAUCUGUUGCAGUGAAAAUCGCACCAUUACUAGCUGCUCUUGAAGAAAAAAAAUGAUUAAUUGUAAGACUAUACCAUACUCAGGUAAUGUUACUCACAUUAGAAGACGGGACAAGAUUAUUUUUUUAGGUUUGGGAAGGUAUUUCCUCAAUGUGGAGGUUCAAAUACUGGACAUUUGGUAACACACCAAAACUUUCUGAAUUUUGUAUUUCUAAUCAAAUGGUCACAUUUAACAAAUUAUUUUUAUUGUAAGAAGUUCCAAAACAACAACUUUUUCGUGUGAUCUGGCGUUUUUGCCUCACAGCUCUUUUUCGAAUUUUCAUUAUUAGAGAAAGAAGAAAAAUGUCAAUGUCUGUAGGUAGUUCAUGGCACUUAUGAAGGCGAUCAGAGGCAUCCCUCAUUUUGAUAGAGACGUUUCCAAUAUCUUUCAAUAGGUGUUUUUUGAUGAACUUAACUGUGAUAGCAGGGAUUAAUGGAUCGUUCACUUUGACUAGUAUUGUUUCAUGGGCUGUGGUCGCCACUUCCGGGCAAAGUCAAAACACAGCAUCAAUGGGGGAAAAAAAUCGGAAUAAUCAUUAUAAAUGACCUUAUCCUUAGGUACCUCCUGUAUUGCAGCAAUGCUGAAAGUGGAAAAAGCCUCUGCCAUCAUGGGCUCAUUAUUGUCCAAAGUAGCAGUAGUUGACAAUGCCUUUGGCUUCCGAGAGGAGAGCGGUUUACUCCCUUCAUGAUGGAUUUUACCGUCUUUAGAAGUAUAAUCUGACUUCUUACCUUUGAUAUCUUCACCCUCUCUAAUAGCCUUUAGCACCAAGGUAGAUUCGAUCUUCUCCCCCAAGAAAACUCGUUUAGUCGCAUCAGCACUCUUCAAAGCAAGAAAGCAGGCAACAAAACUCAACAUGCACGCCAAACACACGAUUGGAGUAUGAUUCCAAAUGAACAGUCGAGUUGUCAGAUAGUUAGCCGUCUCCAACCAUGUAGCGUUAAUGGGGGCAUACCCACCUUCUGGUACACAUCUGGUUGUGCAAAGAAUCGUCCUGUCUUGACUAGUUUCGUUGAAUAUGUGAGUUUUAAAGACAUAGAACUUCCCUAGAGCAUUAUCCCAUUUCAUUGAACCAUGUACACGAAUGGUCGCCUUAUGACCAAUGAUGUCGCAGAGAUGGUGACCAGCCAUCCAAUCAGCCAUCUGGUCAGUGUCGGAGAAAACAGCAAUAACUAGCCAGGCGAAGACAAACCAGAGGAGAUGUUUUCUCAACUCUGACCACAUCUUCACCUGGGGAUUGGCUCCAUUCAAAUGUCUUUCAGCAUUAUCAAGCUUCAUUUCAUAUUUAAUUUUUUAUCUCUAACUAUUACCUUUGAUCGUCUUUGCGCUUACGGAAACGUCAUCACUCGGAGUCGCUAGCGCGGAGACAAUUGUCGGUUUAUGGUUAGGAUUGUUCAAAGGAUGGUAAGGAUUAGAGGAGUGUUGCACCAAAGGCAUGUCAUUAUUCAGAUUUGGCACGUCUGGGUAAAAGCGAGCCAUUUUUCGGAACGACUUGCAUUCUUCUUGACAAGAGGAAUGAUACACCUAGCGAGUGCUGGUUAGUCUAGAGAGACUAAUAAUUAGACUAGUUAUUAUUAUUAAUUGGCAAAGUAUGCGCCCGAAGGUUCAGUAACACUUUUAGCAGUUGCGCAUGAUCUCUCGUAGCUCCGUAAUUUCUUCGUUCAGCGCAAGAUCAGCUUUGUGUAGCUUUUUGCACUUGUGAUACACAAUAAACAGAAUUACCACAAGUAUAAGCACACCAAUCAACGCGUAGCAUGUAAUAUCGUGCGCAUUCAUUUCGUUUGUCACGGUGACCUCCUUGUCGUUGAACCAGUCAAAUAUGUCCAUCUCGAACUUUUUUUUGUUUUUUUUCUUGUGUAAAAAAAUUGUUCAAUUAUUCGAAAAAUGCGCACUUCAAAAUGCUGUCCUAUAAUCUGUUAAAACUACUUGAUUUUUGGUCAAAUCAACCAAGACGGAAUUGGAAAUGUAUUUCUCGAUUUAUUAUUCAUCACAAGUUGAUCACUAUGAGAGAAAGCGUACAUGACUAAACUCCGACGGAAAGUGAGAAAACAGGCGACGCCAUAAGUGUGGCAUCAGCAUUUCUUGGGUUGGCGCACUAGACACAUUGAUGCCAAGCGUUGGUCUAAAGUGACCUAUUUUUAACAAUCUGCGCCACGCUCAUUGCUUCGGCCUCCUAACGCGGGCUAGAAAAAAACUUAAAAUAAAUAAAAACAAUCUUAACACUAAUCAACCAAGUUUUGCGAGAUUUUUUCACACUACCGCCUUUUUCGUUCGAAUCGUUUUAGAAUUUAUAUCAUAUCGCUUUGAUGUAAUCGGACUUGGUUUGUUCCUCUUUUAAGCAGGAACCUUGAUUUUUUUUGUUUUGUGUUCUGGAGGUAUCUUUUCUCUGGUAGCCUCUGCUAUUCGUCUGUCCACGCGCGAGUUUUGGUUUGUAUUUAUACAGAUUGCUUUUAAAAAAAAUCAUUUGUUGCAGGUAUAGAAAUAGAAAGUAUAAAUACUAAACUCGAAGCUAAAACAUGUGAACAUAUGAUUAACACCGGGGACAAUUUAUCCGUCGAUCUGCAAUAGAAGACGAGUUAAUUUAAUUUAGAUUCCUCUGAUUAAUCUAGUAUUUUGAAUAUGAUUUUCAUCGUUGGUGAUAUAAAAAUCUUUGACGAGUUUUUCACAAAUUUUUACAAAAUGGGGCAGAAGUUGAGGAUCUUGAUUUAAAACAGGAAUGGCUUUAAUAUCGCUUCCUGCUAAACGAUAGGAUAGGUCUGAUUUUUUUCUUUUUUCAACAUCAUCUUGUUGCGAGACAAGAAUUUGCUGAAAAUGCUCAAGAUUAAUUACAGGGGCCUCUUUUUUUUAGUCUUUCAAUUUCCACUUGUUGAGCGAGGAGGAUUUGUUGCAUGCUAGAAAUUUCUACUUUGAGUUGUUCACUCAUAUUGUCUGAGGUAUUGGAAAAUUUUGGGAAAUUUACUUGGUUUAAUAAAUGACAUGCGAUUCUUCAAUCGAUUCGUUAUCAUUAUAAAAUGCUAACACUUUGAAGAGGAAAGUUUUGAUCAAAUUCCUUGUCAAUCGUGGAUCUCCUAUAGAUAAGAAGUUAUCACGGUAAAGGGUUGUGUUAGUAUCUUCCCGGUAUCGUUCAAGAAUACUGAUCAGGUGGAUGUUUGAAAAAUAAGGUAUACUUACAUUUUCGUUAGAAUCCUGACCUAGGUCCAGAAAGGCCCCAGCCGUACCACGGAUAAGGAAGAACACAACACACUGGUUCAUUGCGUUGCGUUGCCAGAUAGCUGAAUGAAAUGACUGGCAAUCUUGGUCAAAUCGACUGGUGAUAUUCUGCAUCUACAUAUGAAAUACCCUUCGUC